GCUGCUGCUUUUUAACCUCCUACAUCUCCUCUAUCCCAGGUCCAAUCGCGUCGGUUUUCACGUCUCGCCCGCAUUUCCCCCAACAGUAAGCUUCACGAUGCGCUUCUCCGCAGCUACUUUCGUCGCGGCUCUGCCCGCCCUCGCCGCCGCCCAAGAGAAUCCUCUGGAUCAGUACGUGGCCCAGUUCCAGCAGAUUCUGGGGCAGGUUAGCUCCAAGCUCCCGCUUCCCGGCUCAUAUGAUGCCGCCGGCGCUCACGAGGCCAAGACGGGUCCUAUGAAGCUGUCUGUCCUGAGCCUGGACAACUGGAAGGAGACGCUCUACGAGCCUGUGGCACCCGGAUCCAAGACGCCCGAGGAGUGGUAUGUUUUGUUCAGCGGCGGUAACAAGACAUGCUUCGGCCACUGUGGCCGAAUUGAGGCUGCCUUCAACGAGACGGCGACCAAGUUUGCGGAGCUCCCAAACACUCCCCAUAUGGGCCUUGUCAACUGUGACAACCAGCCCGUCCUCUGCAACGCUUGGUCUGCCAAUCCCGGUAACAUCUGGGCCAUUGAGAUGCUUCCCGAGCCAGCCCCCAUCGACAUCUACAAGACGAGGCUGAACAUGACCACCGUCACCUCUGACGACAUUGUCAAGCUGCACGAGGCCGGAAACAAGGACAGCUUUACCCUCGUCGAUUCCUGGUUCCACCCCUUCAACGGCAAGGCCGUUGAGCUUGGCUUGGCCACUCCUCUUGGAUACCUUAUGUGGUUUUUCGGCCUCCUCCCCAACUGGGCCUUUAUGUUGAUUAUUUCUUUCGCUAGCCGAAGCUUCAUGGGUAACCGCAUGCAGCCAAACCGACAGCCCGGUGGUGCUCCCCAGGGAGCCCCCGCCGCCGCCCCACGAAAAUAAUCAAGUGGCUUGUAAAAAGUCUGUAUGAUUUGUCUUUGGCAGGAUUUCGAAUAUCUAGGUAGCCAUAGAGCAUUGGAUGAAGUGAUGUAUAUCAUGAAAAGGGGAAUAGACCCCGGGAGGCUUGUCUUUUAUGAAUAAUGCCAACAUGAGGGUUGUUGGUCAAAGACUUUUUUGGGUAUGAUGAGAUACGUAGCUUUAUGACGGGAAAAAAUGGGAAAAGUCCAAUUUUUUAAAUCAUGACUUGCUCUCGCAUGUUUCUUGGAGUGAUUUCAAGCCGUC